ACUGCGGUUGACUCUGUAAUAAAACAAAAACUUCUUCAAGAUCAUCGACUCACUGAAACAAUUUAGUUCAUACAGUAUCUGCUUGAGACAGUACGUUUAAAAAGAACCAAAUGAUUUUUCGGAAAAUAUACAAGUGCGUGUUAUUGGUGUUAAGGUUGCGGAAAUUUAAAAGAAAAUCUUCAGUAAAACUCUUGUUGGUAAUAGUGGGGAUUAUUGGCGCUGUCACGUGUAUGAUUUCAUUGCUAUUAUACCUCUGGCACAAGAUAGCAGAUAGCAUAGAAAGUACGUAUGCUGUUAAAGACGAAGAGUUGUCGGUUACACAAGAAUUGAGCAUGGUAACCACGACGAAUAAUACUAAAGCGGGAAGGUUAGUUGUUGUAAAGCCAAUGAAGCACGUUCCUUUAAAUGAAAUAUACCCCGAUGAAACCGAUGAUGAAUUUGAUUCAUUCGAGUUUGUGAAAAAACCAAUUCUUAUGAUCGAUACAAAUGGUUGCAAGAUUCCCAUCGCGUUAGUGCCAUACAACAGGACCAAACAAAAAUUAUCAUGUGGUAAACGAGCAGUAUUUUUAAAGAAGACUGGAGAAAAUAAAAUUCAAGCCACAAUCAAACUUCGCGUUAUGAAAAAAUAUUUAAGACGAAGUGGAAACUUUAGUUGUUGUUACAAAUUUUUCUCAAAUCCAAUUAAGUUGAAAGAUGGAAGUAAAAAAUCAAUAUAUACCAAAUGCAAGCCGCUGAACGAAAGUGUACCAAUUUCACUUAGAUCAGAAUUCAUUACUGUUAAAUGUUUUCAAUAUGAUAAUUCUACAACAUAUGUUAUAUAUAAAGAUGCUUAUGCGUUUGUCAAGAAGAUCAAUACUUCGACACCAAGUGUUGGUGACUGUAAAGAAAGAUAUAAUAUACUAAUUAUUGGAAUUGAUUCGAUGUCCCUUUCUCGUUUUGAACAAACGAUGCCGCAAUCAACAGAUUUCUUGAAAGAUAAUAAUUGGUUAGGAUACCGGGCUUUUAACAAGAUCGAAGCAGAAGCUUUCCCCAAUCUAAUAGCUACGAUUACUGGACUGGAUAUGACAGACUUUUCUCAUAAAUGUGGUGGAAAUAUUACCAAAUGCAAUAAACUGUUUUUAUGGAGUAAAUUCAAAGAGGCAGGCUACAUGACAGCGUUUGCCGAAGACUUUGUAUCACUUCCAGAAAUGUUCAGUAACGAUUACGAGUUUGGGAAGAAGCCGACCGACCACUACCCAAGGGCUUUGUUCCUCAAUGAGGAGCUUGUCGUCAAUGAUUCACUGGUGUGCGCUGGAAGACAAACUUCAGGCGAACACAUUUUGAACUACGCUAUAGAUUUCGCUCUUACGUACAGAAAUGAUUCUUUUUUUGGCCUGUUUUGGAUACACUCUUUCAGUCAUAGCCUAAAAAGCCCAUUAGUACGUGUUGACAAAAAGGUUGAAAACUUUCUCAAUCAGUUAACCUAUACUGGAGUUUUAAGGAACACCUUCGUCGUAUUGCUGAGUGCCCACGGGAUAUUAGUGGGCAGAUCUCGCUUUCACCCUUCCUCUUUUUAUGAUGAGCGUAUGCCUAUACUGUUCAUGAUGCCAGCAUCAACAUUCAAAAUUCGUCAUCCGAAAAUGUAUAGUUCUGCAAUUAUAAACCAGGCGAGAUUGGUCACUCCUUUUGAUAUUUAUAAUACUAUAGUCAACAUAAAAGAUUUAUCGCUUUGUAAAAAUUUGACCCGAACUCAGGCAAUUUCGAAAUCUUGUCCAAAGUGUCAGAGCUUAAUCGAGACUAUUGACACCAACCGCACUUGCUCUCAGGCAGCUAUUUCUGAAAAGUGGUGUACUUGCAGGAAAAUGUAUCUUAUUGACACGAAUAACGAUUACGGCGUAAAGAGUGUUUUGCAUGUAGUCUCUUAUAUAACAUCCAUGAUACAAUCUAUAGAGACCGAGCAGUGCUGGAAUUGCACGAUGUUGUCACUGAAAGAUAUCUUGCGGAUACAUUUUUACUACGACGAAAGUAAAGUAAAUUUGUUUUAUGUGGUCGCAUUCAGGAUGUUACCGGAUGAUUUGGUUUAUGAAGCCACCGUAGCGCAAAAGAUGAGUAAAAGUACUUACUUCGAAAUAGUAGGCCCUGUGAGCCUUCUAACCGAUGACAAAUCGAUCGGAAAUUGCACAAAGCAUCAAUAUGCACGACCAUUUUGUUUAUGUGCCAAAAACACAAACUGUUGAUUGUUAUAGAUAUUUAUUUUUUAAAUACAGUAGGUACUUAGGUAAUAAUAGAGACUUGCGUUUGAUUGAAAUAAAUUAUUAUCGAGGAAGGAUCUCCACUUAAUUACUUUAUUGCACAAAAUACAAUAUGUUUGAAAUACAAUACAAAGGUACAUGAGGCGGAUUUAAUACAUAUACGAGUGGCAUCAUCAUUGCAUUAUCUUGUACGUAGCAUGUGUAAUUUUUCAAUAAACCAAUCGCCGGUUCCUUUUCUCUAUUACUUUCUGCAUUUCAAUAUGGAUACUAGUACCUAAUGAAGUAAAGUAAACCGGGAGAUAUUUGAUAUGAAAACAUAAUAGUAAUACAUGAUAAUGAUAAUGUUACAU